AUGAAACGUAUCCUGUCGUACAUUCCCCGCGCCACGUUUCUGUCCCCUCUCUCGCCAUUCCGCUGGUCGUACCAUUCUCCCUGCUGGUACGAAGCUUUCCGGGCGAGCGGUAUUCCAGGUAGAGGCGUGGGAUCAGGACGACUGAUCGAACGAAACGCACAGGCCAAGGUCCACGUGUCUGUCGCUGCAAGCCUUGAGAUUGACAUGGACUUCGCCCCUCCGCCUAUCGACGGCGACCUGACGGAGACCAUGGAGGAUUAUGGAGCGGAGUUUGAUACGGAAGGGGUGGCUGUGACGUUUAACAACAACGAUGACGACGCCAUUAAUGCAGCCCUCAACUCCGUCGCGGUCUUCGACAUGUCUCACUUUGGCAGAAUCAAAGUAUCUGGGGAAGACCGGAUUCGGUUCCUGCAUAACCAGACCACGGCUGAUUUCAACUCCCUCUCGCCUGGCCAGGGAUGCAUGACUGUGUUUGUGUCACCUACAGCCCGAACCAUCGAUCUCGCCACUGCAUGGGUUAUGUCCACUUCUGUUAUUCUCACAGUCUCACCUGGCAAAGCUCAGAAGCUGGUUACCACAAUGGACCGGUAUAUCUUCCCAGCGGACAAGGUUUCAGUGGCGGACAUUUCAGAGCAAACGAGGCUGCUUGCCCUCAUUGGCCCUCAGGCACCCACGGUUGUGGAGAAGCUUGGUCUGACUCAGUUGCUGGGGCAGCCCGAAGGGACCCAUGCACACUUUGCUGUUGAGGGAGCGCCGGCAACAGUGGGCGUGGGCAGUGGGCUGGGCGCCUCUGUGCCUGGAUUCCUGCUCAUGCUGUCAGCUGACGUGGCGGGCCGUGUGUGGAGCCACCUCACCGAUGGCUUUGGGAUCACCCCGAUUGGUGCAGCCGCCUGGGAAAGACUGCGAGUCCAGCAAGGGCGCCCCAUGCCGGGGUCGGAGCUGACAGACGAGUUCAACCCACUGGAGGCUGCUCUCUUACAAUGCAUCUCCACCACCAAAGGGUGCUACAUGGGCCAGGAGACCAUCGCUAGGCUGAUCACGUAUGAUGGGGUGAAGCAACAACUCUGGGGACUCCGCCUUGCCAACCCAGUUUCUGUUGGUGCAAUCAUUACAAACAAGGAAGGAGCCAAGGUAACGUCUCUCUUUGUCCCUUUAUUUCGCCCCCAUUGUUUUGAUGACAUAUUUUGA